AUGCGUGGUGUAAUGAGAUUUGGAGUGAAGGGUAAGCUAGCCCCGAGGUAUAUUGGACCUUUUGAGGUUAUCGAGAGGAUUGGGGAGGUCGCUUAUCGAUUAAACUUACCAGGACGGUUGGGACAUGUUCAUAAUGUGUUCCAUGUGUCUAUGUUGAGGAAGUAUACUCCAGAUCCUUCACAUGUUAUUGAGUAUGAGGCUAUCCCUCUUCAGGUUGAUGUGACUUAUGAAGAGCAACCUGUCAAAAUCUUGGCGAGAGAGCUAAAAGUGUUAAGGAACAGAGAGAUUCCAGUAGUCAAGGUCUUAUGA